CAGCUGCGGACCUCGUCCUAUUGGGGAAAAGGCCAACUGAGAGCAUCCCGUCAGCCCAGAGCCCGAUGUUUUGAUAGCUCCUUGGCCUAAAGCCUCGCUGGUCUCCGAGGCAAGUUACAAUGGACUGUUGCAGGGGGAGUGUACCGCGUGGAGAGAGAGUUCCGGUGCAGAACCAACACAUGGGAAUAUGUAAACAACUGAUAAUCGUCCAACUCUUGUCCUUUGCAUAUGCCCAUGUCAGUGUUACAUUGCACUACAUAAAGAAUGCAAUAGCUCCCCCUCUUAUCCUCACUCUUUACAUCACAGUUCCAGUGUGUUGCAGCUUCGAUCGUAAUUCCACUGCACUAUCAAUUAGUGUUGAGCUCAACAGCAACAAUGUCAGCCCUGGCAAAGAUCCGCGAGGGCCUCGCUCGCGAGGAUAAUACUGCCGUCGCACAUACUCUGGCUCCCCACGAGAAGGAGAUCGAAGAGACCCCCGAGAUCAUCACCGAGACUGGUCCUGGCCACGACAAGGAGGCCACUGCUGGUGCUCUCCCUCCUGAUGAUAAGGGCAACGAUUCUGAUGUGCCCAGUGAAGAUGUACAGACUGGAGUCAAGGAGAUUCAGGCCAUUACCCUCACUUGGGGUAAGGGAUCUCUGGCUGCUCUUUUGUGUCUCAUCUGGACACUCUUCCUUAUAAGUGGAUUCCGUGGUUCCUUCUACCUCGUCUUGGUGCCUUACGUUACCAGUGAGUGGCAGGCCCAUUCCCUCAUGACCACCAUCCCCAUCGUAUCAGACGCCAUGACUGCAGCCUGCUACAUCCCCAUGGCCAAGGCUCUCGACGUCUGGGGACGCGCUGAGGGGUUCUUGCUCAUGAGUGGCUUUGCAACUCUUGGUCUUAUCCUCAUGGCUGUUUCUCAGAACCUCGCCACCUUCUGUGCUGCACAAGUCUUCUACUCUGUCGGAUGGGGAGGCAUGAUUUAUGCUGUUGGCGUCCUCGCUGCCGAUGCAUCUAAUCUCAGGAACCGAGGUUUAGCUUUUGCCUUUACUUCCUCACCAUACAUGAUUACGGCUUUUGCCGGUUCCAAGGCUGCCGCUGCUUUUGUUCUUGAUGUCAAGAACUGGCGGUGGGGUUUCGGCUGGAUAGCCAUUGUUCUGCCGUGUGUCACUAUUCCUCUGUUCCUUGUCUUGAAGGUCAAUCUUCACAAGGCUUUCAAGAAGGGUACAGUCACCAAGACUCAUAGAAGCCGCGGCUUCUUUGGUAGCAUCUGGUGGGUCUUCAACGAGUUUGACGUUAUCGGUAUCUUCCUCUUCGGCGGCGGUCUCGUCGUCUUUCUCCUCCCCUUCAACCUAGCUGCGCACGCGCCUGACGGCUGGUCCACCGGCUACAUCAUCGCUAUGAUCGUGGUUGGCUUCUGCACUCUCGUCUUCUUUGGUGUCUGGGAGUAUUGGCUCGCCCCUGUUCCUUUCUUGCAGGGCCGCUUCCUCCUCGAUAGGUCUGUCGUUGCCGCUUGCAUGAUUGAUCUUACCUACCAGAUCUCUUACUAUACUUGGAACUACUUCUUUACUUCAUUCUUGCAGGUCGUUGUCAACCUCGGCCCUGCUGAAGCUGGCUACGUCAACUCUACUUUCCAGGUCGUCUCAGGCGUUCUUCUCUUCAUCGUCGGCUUCCUCAUCCGAAAGACUGGCUUCUACAAAUGGACCUUUUACUUUGCUGUACCCAUCUACAUCUUUGCGCUUGGUCUCAUGAUCCACUUCCGCGCUCCUAACCAGUAUGUCGGAUACAUCAUCAUGUGCGAGAUCUUUAUCUCCAUCGGUGGAGCUGUCUUCAUCUUGGUUAUGCAGCUUGCUGUCCUUGCUGCCGUUGCCCAUCAAUAUGUCGCUGCUGCGCUCGCUACUUUAUAUGUCGCUGGAGGAGUUGGUGGUGCGGUUGGAGGAGCUAUCUCCGGUGCCAUCUGGACGAAUACCUUCAUCCCUCAGCUUAUGAAGAACCUUCCAGAGUCCGAGCUGGCCAAUGCACCACUCAUUGCUGGAAACAUUGUCAAUCAGCUGGCCUACCCCGUCAACAGCCCUGCACGACUUGCCAUUCAGGAGUCCUAUGGCUUUGCGCAAGUCAGAAUGCUUGCUGCCGGUGUUGGCAUCGCGUCCUUAUUCUUCAUCUGGGUGCCCAUGUUGAGGAACAUCAACGUCAAGAAGCUGAAGCAGACCAAGGGUCUUGUCCUAUAGAAAACUUGACCAUUUCAUAGAUCCCAAGUUGUGGAUUUGGAAUACAGCACCGCAUCGUUGUUGGACAAAGCCAAAACUUGGGGAACUCCUUGCCUAAGGCAUGGUCUUGGUAUACGACGGACUAAUGAUCGUCAAGUAGUUAGUAUGGUGCGAUCUAUGAUGAACGAGUUAUUAAUGAGGAAGAGGCGACUUGGCGAAAAGUAAUGGUGUAAAUUGAUUUUGAUUUGGUUUAUUUUUCAUUCCAAACGAGACAUGUUGCCAUGCUACAUGAUCGUAAUUUGACAUCCGCGAAGAGGACGAGAUUGUGGUGGACAUGCCGAGGAGAACUGGCCGGCGCUAAACUCCUUCGACUGAGUUAAGAAUCCCACAGAUCUAUUAUACCAAGUCAGAAAGGUUUGAAGCAUCCUAUAGUAUGGAGUUGUCGAAAAUAAAAUAAAAAUGCUGAAAGGCUUUCGUAAAGGUGAGGCCAGGACUUCACUAUAUGUGACAGUUGUAUAUAACCUAUGACAUGUAUAGAUCUGACAGGAUUAAUGGUCCCCUGU